AUGGUUGUGGAGAAGUUUGGAGAGAUCAUGGAGAAUGACUUUCGGUCAGCCUCAAAGCGGUUCUGGCAAACCGUCAGGCAGGCCAGGAAAAGGAGGCAGUUCUUAGCCCAAGCUGUGUUCAGCAAAGUUGUGGUGGCAAAAAAGAAUGACAUAAAUCCAGUCACACUGACAUGUAAUACAAACAUCCAUGAGGCUGUCACAUGGAAGUUUGAGAGGAAUGAAAUGAUCGAGGACUUGGAUUUUGGAGAUAACUUCAGGCAAGUCGGUCAGAAUCUGAUGGUGACAGAAGUGGACACACCGAUGUUGGGAGAGUACAGCUGCUGGAGUGGAGAGCAAAAGAUAUCAUCAACUCAUCUGCUGCUGGAGGCUGAAGACAAGAAGGACUUAGAUUCCCUGUUCAGUUGUCGGUCAAAGUCUUACGGCUGCACCUUCAGCUGUGAAUGGACCAACAGCGAGUACACGGCAGUGCGUCUUGGACUGGGCCCUGAAUGCAGGGAAGCCAAGAAGUCAUGCCGCUGGGUCGGCAGCAGGCACCGUCAACUCGUUGGGGGGUUUCACUUUGAGCUGUCGCACUCCCUCUCACCUUACGCCGAAGAAAACACCAGGCUUGAACUCACUGCUGAGGCCAUUUAUAAUCUCUACCUUCUCAGAAUGACCAAGGCAUUUUAUCUCAGAGACAUCAUCCAACCAGAUAGUCCACUGAUAGUCGGAUGUCAGGAGGAGGGUCAGGACCUCAAAGUGACCAUUGACCCACCAUCCACUUGGUCCAGUCCUCAUAGCUUCUUCACUCUGGAGCACCAGAUUGAAUAUGUGUAUAAAGAUAACGGCAAGAGUGAAUACUCUACAUCUGAUUUGAUACCGAAGAGGAUUAGCAAGCUGAGAGUUCGUUCCAGAGACUCGCUGGUGCUUUCAGCUUGGAGCCAGUGGACCCCAUGGAAAAAUGUGAUUCCAAGAAAAAAGCAAUGCAAAUGCAAAAAACCAAAAUAUUGUUGCCUAGAUGUGUUGGGGAAAAUACACAACUGCAAGAGAAGGAGAAAAAAGACAAAUAUGAAGACAAAAUAAGGUGAUGGACCAGAGCCACGGAUGUUCCCAGAAAUACUUUCAGGGAAAACAUCAAUUGCAACCUGGAUGGAAUUCUUUGUUGUUGUUUAUGUUGUUUUGUUGUUCAAACAAAUACAUGUGUAAUUUUGUGUU